GGGCACUAGGACCACGCGGAGAGGGUCAAUAUUGCACUUCGGUUAUUUGGCGACCUCGGAUUUGCUCUAAAGCAGUCACCGUUUAGAGGAGGGCAUAGGAUGCCGUCUGACACGUCGAAAUAGUUUAUUUAAAAAAAGUUUAACAACAUCCAGACGGUUGAAAGUAUUGUGUCGGUUUCGGAGGACCUGUCACGCACUCCAGCAAAAACCUUCCCUGGACGAGAUGGGAGUAAACCUGGACACCGAGAUACCCGGUGAACUUCGAAGAGUGGAAAGUGUCAUUUGGAUUUAAAGAAAACUUCUUCAUUACACCUUAAAGUUAACACACAUCUCAGCCAUGGUGCCCAACCAAAGAUCGGGUCUGGCCCAUCCUUGCUGUAUUAGCCUGCUUUUCUUACUACUUUUACCAAGUUCGGUUUCAGUGAGAGAACCUCGCCACCAGCUUCACGGUCACCUCCCUUCACUGAUACCUCACUCCCCUCUGCCACUGUCUCGCUCCCGCUUCAGCGCCAAAGCUCAACUGGACCUCACUACUCACUGCAACGAAAGCUGCUACUACAGAAGAGAAGACAGCGAUAAAGAGCACCUAACUGAGCAAUUAGGAUUCGAGACGCUUUAUGCGGAUGGCUUCCGUACCUUAACCACUGUUGACCUGACAGAAAAUGAAUAUGAGCCUCUAGCUAAUGCUGAACUUCAACUCAGGCCUCCCAAAGUCACAUCCCCACGACGUAAGAGACUAAAACGUCAGAUCUACGGAUCCGACGGACGCUUUAAUAUUCGCGGCGACCACUUCCUGCUAGACUAUCCGUUCUCCACGGCCGUUCGCAUCUCCACGGGUUGCACCGGAGUUCUGGUGUCUAAGCAGCAUGUGCUGACUGCAGCCCACUGCGUGCAUGACGGGAAGGAUUAUGUCAAGGGUGCAAGAAAACUCAGGGUGGGCUUUUUGAUCCCUCCUUUUAUCAACCGCACAAGGUCAGGUCAGGCUCCCAUCAAGAAAGCUUUAGUGCGUUGGGUGAGAGUGAAACGUACCCGCGUACCCAAAGGUUGGAUUCAAGGUCCACCGGAGGUCAGCAUGGAUUUUGAUUAUGCACUUUUAGAGCUGCGUUGGCCUCACAGGCGACCUUUCAUGCGACUGGCUGUGUUACCCUCCUCGGACGAUUUGGCUGGUAAACGCAUCCACUUCUCUGGAUUUGACAGUGACCGGGCCGGGGAGCUUGUGUAUCGCUUUUGUCCAGUGGAGGAUGAGUCCAACGAUCUGAUCUACCAGCACUGCGACGCCCGCCCAGGGGCAAGUGGCUCUGGCGUCUACGGUCGUGUUUGGGACAACACUUUAGAUCGCUGGGAGCGUAAAGUCAUUGGCAUCUUCUCGGGACACCAGUGGCUGGAAAUCAAUGGGGAGAAUCGUGACUAUAAUGUGGCUGUUCGCUUCACUCCACUUAAAUUUGCUCAGAUCUGUUACUGGGUUCAUGGAAAUAAGGUGGACUGUAGUCAGGACUGAGUACACAGCACAGAUGAGGAGGGAAUAUUAAGAAUGUGAGAAUAGUACAUGAAUGGACAAAAUGUGUCUGAUUUCUGGAACCUGCACUUUACAAUCAUUUAAUGGUUGUGGCUACUAUAUAAGAUACGAGACUUUAUUGCUUGUAGAUCACUUCCCACAGGUUUGAUUUCACAUGGGUUAAGCUGGAUCUUAUUUAACCACUAGCUUGUUACACAUUGUUUUAGACUGGAGGCCAACAAAGCAGAUUUAUAUUAUGUCAGGUCUUUGCCAGCGUUUAACAGAUAUCCUAUCACAGUAAGAUGCUUCAUAAGACAGCCUUGAUAUGCUUAAGUUAUGCUUUACAGAAGCCUCUUACUGUUUGCACUUUUAAAGCACAGAUCAAGGGUAUUGCAAGGUUAAUUCUGGGAUAACCAUCUAAGCGACUCACUUGGUCUUUGGGUAACAUGAGUAACAUACAGAGAUGUGUGUAUUUUAUUGUGACUAAGUGUUGUCAAAAAUAUCGGUUUGGUCCUCUAAAGAUAGCAAUGUUGUCUGAAAUAUUAAUACAAAAAUUAAAUAAACAUGCGGGAGAGUAUGGGGCUAGACAAUGGUUAAUAGAAGAGUUAAUACAGAGAACAGAGUAUUAUAGUAGGCAAAAAUCGUUGUUUGAAUCUGUAAUCAAGCUGAAAAUUCAUUCUUUUGCAGUUUUAAAAUCAAAUUGUAACAUUACAAUAUCUUCUGGGAAAUCUCCAUCCAUUUUCUUCUUUUUAUCACUAUAAAGACUGGACAUUCACUAAGACAAAGGUUGUGGGGUACAUGCUGAAUAUAAUUAUAUGUGAAAAAAGCUUUUAUUUUAAUAAACUAAGAUAUGUCUUUUCA